UUAUACAUUCCAAAUUUUUGUGGCAAAAGUACAAAUUUUCCGAAAUUUCGGAACUUGUACAGAGGCGUUUGUCCAAAUACAUUUGGAACGAACCUGGGCGCCAAAAUUUGUACUCAGUAGCUUCCACAUUUUCCAAAUUUACUGGAGCAUCACAACAAACCCAGCAGCUAAAGGACCUACAGGGCCAACUACAAGGGAGAAGCAGCAGCGGAGGGUACUUGGAUAGCGGCAGGGCCAUGGCGGACCGCAGGAAACGCGGCGCGCCUCUUGGUUCGUCGUGUGCUGGCCCACCGAGCCAACGAUUCAGGCGUGCAUCCGGUCGCCAAGAGCUGGUGCGGCAGAUGAAAGCAGCUGCUGCUGCGGUGAUUCUGGUGCUGAGCGCGGCGGCAGUGGUCACCUCUGUAGCUGUGCACGCUAGCGCUAACAAGACGCGUGCGGCUAUCCACGAGCCACGGCGCCUGGUUUGGGAGGAUCACGCUGCUGACCUCAAGAAGCGGAAGCUCUUCCGGAGGAUGUAUCGCAUGGAGGAACCGGUGUUCAACAAACUGGCUGGGUUGCUGGAACCGAUCCUCCAACGGAACGACUACGACGCCAGAAAACGGUAUCGACGCGGUGCUGUUCCCACGAAGAUCCGACUAGCUAUCGGCUUGCGGAUGAUGGCCGGUGCUUCGUAUCUCGAUGUCGCCGUGCUGUUCGGCGUGUCCAAGGAGACGGUCUUCAGCAUCUUGUGGCAGGUGGUGGAUGCCAUCAACAGCACAGCAGAGGUUGGGCCGUUCUUUUUUCCGCAGAGCGAGGAUGAGUGCACCCGGCAGGCGGCAGAAUGGGAGGAAAAAAGCACGGGCGGCGCCUUUCAAGGUGUAGUAGCUGCGGGGGAUGGCCUCUUCGUGAAGACUCUUGCUCCGACUGCCCUCAACACUCCGAACGUUCUCUCGUAUUAUUCUGGGAGCAAGUGCGGCUACGGGGUGAACGUACAGGCGACAUGCGAUGCCAACUACCGGUUUUGCAGCAUGUCUUGCAUUGCACCCGGCUCGACCAAUGACUGGACGGCAUGGAACCAUUCGGAUCUAUCCACAGCGGUAAAAAACCUGCCGCCAGGCUUCUACAUGCUCGGAGACGCGGCUUACCCCCUAAGCGACCACCUGUUGACUCCGUACCCAGGGAGGGGACUACCGCUGGACAAAGAUGCGUUCAACUUC